CCACUACUCUCUCUCACACCCACUGUGAGAACCCGAGAACCACACCGGACACACCUCCUCCCAGCGACCAAAUCCGCCGCCGCCACCGGAAGGAAGGAAGAGAGCCCCGCGGCGCGCGAUGAACACGGACAUCACCGCGUCGGUGAAGCCGGAGUACCCGGUGGUGGACCGGAACCCUCCCUUCACCAAAGUCGUCGGCAACUUCUCCACGCUCGACUACCUCCGCCUCUCCACCAUCUCCGCCGUCUCCGUCACCGUCGGCUACCUCUCCGGGAUCAAGCCGGGGAUCCGCGGGCCGUCGAUGGUGACGGGGGGCCUCAUCGGCGUCCUGGGCGGGUUCAUGUACGCCUACCAGAACUCCGCCGGGAGCCUCAUGGGGUUCUUCCCCAACGAGUCCGAGGUCGCGCGCUACAAGUACAGCUGUAGUAGCAGGAGGCGCCAUUUCUCCUCGCUUCGCUACCGCAAAAGUGUUACAGUACAUCUUUUUUUCUUUCUAUAUCUAAUCUCGUGUGAGCUGCACUUGCUGUGGGCAAUGCGUGAUCUUGGUUGAAUAAUUGUUGGACCUUGCUGCAAACUAGUGAGGAAUUCAUGAUAUGAUUUUACUCGUCUUGUUAUGACCGGAUCAUGAUUUGAUCGCCAUUUUGGUAAACUUCUUGAAUUGGGGAAAUGUUGUGUUAACAUGGAUUUUAGUACUAGUUAACUCUCUAUGCACGCAUAUUUUUCAUACGAUCUGGGAGAUUGCGAUAUUCGAUAUAUAUUGCUUCUCACAUUGUCUUCGAUCGAUCCGGUCAGCUGAUUUUUUGUAGGUUUGGGCUUCCUUCGGUUUGUUCUGGCUGGUCUGGUUUUCUUUGUCCAUGCUGCACAGUGAGGCGAUACAGGGGAGGCGGUAUCGAGGGUGAGGGGAUUACAUCUGCACUACUUCCCACUAUUUCCUGCUGCAGGCUUUCGUGCUACUUCCCCGGGGGUUUGGAUUGCCCUCGGCGGGUGCUGCCCGUCGAUUAACGUCGUCGGCUUCUCUUCCUCACCACUUUAGAUCGGGUGGCUGCGCCAUCGCUGGCAUCGAGAUGGGUGUUGAGCGAGUGAUCGCUCUCAACGCGCCUCCCGUAUUCACCGAUGCCAACAAGCCCAGCUCCCUCCGGCCACCAGCAGGUUUGCUGCUGAAACAACAAGCAGCUGCAGCUGCUGCUAACAUGCAAGCUGGAGGAGCACCUGGCAUAUUUGCUUACAAUGAUGAACAAACAAGGCAAAUGACUACAGAAACAACUGCUGAUGGAGAUGUGGUUCUUGGAACCCCAGUUGCUUCUCCUGUUAGUUAAUGGGGAUGUGCAUACUGAUAUCAGCCCUGAGAAUGCUGUGUGGUCCAGGGACAGAGAAGAUCGAGCAAAUGUGUUGAUUACUUGGUUGAAGCAUCUGCUGCAGAGGUUGGGGCGAUCACCGCUACUUUAGCUGCUAUAAAGGCGAGACAAGUUAAAG